GCAAAAUUUACGCACAUGAGCUGCUUGAAGGGAACCAAAAGCCACUUCCUGGUCGGCAUUGCAGUGUUUGGGAUGUUUGCUCCAACUUUCACUUUGUUUUGUGUCAUAAUAUGCGUUUCCUGGACAGAAAAGCAAGCAGCUGCGUCUCCUCCAAAUGUUAUCAUUAUGCUUAUGGAUGACAUGGGUUGGGGAGAUUUAGGGGUUUUGGGCCAGCCCUCCAGAGAGACCCCUAAUCUGGAUACUAUGGCUGCACAGGGCAUGCUUCUCCCAAAUUUCUACACUGCCAACCCUUUAUGUUCGCCAUCCAGAGCUGCGCUUCUCACCGGGAGGCUACCUGUCCGAAAUGGUUUCUACACCACUAAUGGCCAUGCCAGAAAUGCAUACACACCACAGGAGAUUGUAGGAGGAAUCUCCCGGGAUGAGAUCCUGUUACCACAGAUGCUGAAAAAGAAAGGCUACGUCAGCAAGAUAGUUGGGAAAUGGCAUCUGGGCCACAGAGCGCAGUACCUCCCCCUGGAGAACGGCUUCGACGAAUGGUUUGGGGCGCCCAACUGCCAUUUCGGGCCAUACAACAACAGCGGGCGACCCAACAUCCCCGUCUACAACAACGCGGAGAUGGUCGGCAGAUACUAUGAGGAGUUUAUGAUUGACAGAAAGACGGGGGAGUCCAAUCUCACACAGAUUUUCUUGCAGGAAGGUCUUGACUUCAUAUAUCGCCAGAGUCUGGCUCAACAGCCCUUCUUCCUGUACUGGGCCGCUGACGCCACUCACGCCCCUGUCUAUGCUUCCAGACGCUUCCUCGGGAAGAGCCAGCGAGGCCGGUAUGGUGAUGCGGUGAUGGAGCUGGACUACAGCGUUGGUCAGAUCUUGUUACAGCUAAGGACUCUUGGUAUUGAAAAUAGCACCUUUGUUUUCUUCACUUCAGACAAUGGAGCCGCUCUUACUUCUGGCGAAAAUGAGAGUGGCAGUAAUGGGCUAUUUCUCUGUGGGAAGGAGACCACUUACGAAGGGGGCAUGAGGGAGCCUGCCAUUGCCUGGUGGCCCGGACAUAUCACAGCAGGCACGGUGAAUUUCCAGCUGUCCAGUAUAAUGGAUCUGUUCACCACUAGUUUAUCACUGGCGGGAAUCAGCCCACUUGAUGAUCGAGCCUUGGAUGGACUGGACCUGACACCAAUUUUUCUGAACAGCUCACACACACUACAAAACAGGCCAAUCUUCUAUUACCGUGGAAAUGAACUGAUGGCUGUUAGGCUCGGGCAAUACAAGGCCCACUACUGGACCUGGACCAACUCCUGGGAGGAGUUCAAAAAGGGUGUAAACUUCUGUCCCGGUCAGGAGGUCCCAGGUGUGACCACACAUGAGCAAAAGGAGCACACACUGCAACCUCUCAUUUUCCACCUGGGUCGAGAUCCCGGAGAGAAGUUUCCCAUCAGUGUUUCAACAAAAGAGUACCAGGAUGUACUCAGCCGCAUCUCGCCAGCUGUUGAGCACCAUAAGAAGACGCUGGUCGCGGGCGUCCCCCAGCUCAACAUGUGUGACGUGGCAGUGAUGAACUGGGCCCCAGCCGGCUGUGAGAAGUUGGGAAAGUGUCUCCGAGUGCCCACAUCGUCUCCCUGGAAGUGCGAGUGGCCACACUGAAGAAGCAGGACGCAAAAACUCAAGCAUGUGCCUUACCGAAGAUGCGUCGACGACUUCUUUUUAACCAUUUCGUAUUCUUAAAUUACCAUACUGUAUUUGGUAAAAUGUAAAUGUCAAAGUUAGGACUGAAUAAGUAUCACGAUCGUGUUCCAUUAGAUUUGGGAGAUUUUUUUUUUUUCAGCUUCCCCACUUGAAGGUUAUCUGAAAAUUGUAAAUAUCUGACAAAGGUAACCAAAGUCAACAUCAAAUCCAAAUUUUAAAUGGUAAUUGUAUUUAUGAAAUAAAUUGUUCCAUUUU